AUGGCUGGUCUCAAGAUUGCGUACGCCGGCCUCGGCAACAUGGGCGAGAACCUUUCGGUCCACCUGGCCAACUAUGCCCGUGCCAACGGCGGCUCCUUGACGGUCUGGAACCGCUCCAAGGGCAAGUACGACAGCGUAAAGGCCGAGCUUGGCGAGGGUGUCACAUACGCCGCUGGCGACGUCGACGAGCUCGCGGGCGCCGACGUCAUCUUCGUCAGCGUGCUCAACGACGCCGCGUCCACGGACGUGGUCACCAGGCUCACGGCCAAGGCCAAGGGCGCCGUCAUUGUCGACCAGAGCUCGCUCAACCCCAAGACCUCCAUUGCCCUCGAGCAGCUCGCUGCCAAGUCGGGUAACGCAUACCUCGCCGCCCCCGUCUUUGGUCGCCCCGACGCUGCCAAGGCUGGCAAGCUUAUCCAGGUCGUUGCGGGCAACAAGGACGCCAAGGCCAAGGUCCGCCCCCUCUUUAACAUCUUUGCCCGUGCGGUUCUCGACCUCGGCGAGGAGGUGCAAAAGGGCAACACCCUCAAGCUCAUGGGCAACGCCCUCAUCCUCGGCGUGAUUGAGCUUCUGGCCGAGACCUACGCCCUUGGUGACGCGCUCGACAUUGACCCCAGCGUGUUCCAGCAGUUCAUCGACCUCUUCUUCCCCACUCCCUCGUACGGCGCCUACGGCAACAAGAUUGGCAAGGGCACCUUUGGCUCGGCUGGCGGCUUCCGCCUCGAAGGCGGUCUCAAGGACGCCAACAACAUCCUCAACGUCGGCGCCGACCUCGGCCACCCCGUCAACCUCCCCACCAUCGCGCUGGCCAAGGAGCACAUGGAGCGCGCGGUCGAGCUCGGCGGAAUCGACAUGGACUGGUCGUCGCUCUCGGCCGUCCUCCGCGAGAGGGCGGGCCUGGAACCCUUCAAGGUCAAGCAGGAUGAGCCCAAGCAGUGA